CACUCAUCUCUAUACGAUAUCAAUACUAUUGGUGUUCCAAUAGCGGAGGUGGUUAACAAGGAAACUAUUGGUUAUAAUGAUCACUCGGUGGUCGAGAAGCCGAAAUCUCCUAUUGAUAAUGAGAGGCCGAAAUCUCCCGUUGAUAGUGAUUGCGACAAAAUCAAGCCCUCUAAAGAAGAUGAGCCACAUCUGAUUGGUAUGAAGAGCGAAGAAUCCGAUAUGGCUCAACCACAGCCGCUUGAAAAAGUACCUCAGACAGUAAAGAAGUCAGAUUCAGCAAGUUCACUUCCUUCAGAAAAUCGUGUCUUAUCUCAAAGAAGUGCAUCAUUCAGCAUUACUGUACCGAACCAGCUUUUCUUCGGCGAGUCUUCUCCUAACUUCGUACGGUAG